ACAUCAAAAAAUUGUAUAGAGAGGUGGCAAGUAAAAUAAAAUUAAAAAGAUUACAUUUUAGAUAUAUCUAAAUAUAAUUUAAAGUUCCCAUGGGGUGCGCUUUUUUGCCUAGAUUGGGUCCAUUUUAUCAAUAAUAUAGGUCAAGCCUCAUAUGACAAUAAAGCUUAAAAUCAAUGAUUUUGAUGUAUGUUAUAGGUUUGUGAAAUAGCAUUUCCAACAAAUUGAUAACUCGAAAAAAAGUUAAUGAGUUGAAAAAACUAUGUUGUAUAAAUAAUAAUAUACUCUAAAAGUAGAAAGAGAUAAAUAAUCAUAUGUUUUCAUCUUUGUAUAUACAUGCAUGUACUUGGAGAGAUUAUAUUAGUUACUCAUAUAGUUAAAAAAACAGUUGAGAAGUCACAAUCUCCACCCACCAGAAACCCUCAAAGACAAAGCUAACACCCUUCUGAAAGAUGGAGAAGUGAAGAGGGCCAAACCUGCCCUUAGGAAGGGCAACACUUCUCCAACACAUGGCCUCUCAUUAAAAUCCUGAGCCCUUCCAUGUCCUUUUGAAUUAGAAUAAGUAUUAGCAUUAAUACUAACAUUAGAAUUAGAAUUAGAAUUAAAAUUAGAAUUAGAAUUAGAAUUAGAAUUAGAAUUAGAGGCCCUCCAAUACCCUACCCUACGCCUAUAUAUAUAUAUACACAUGAAGAGUCACAAGCACACACAUUACUUACCCUUGUCAACAAAUGACCCUAAUGAAGAAGUCCCCCAAGCUCCCUCAAGCCACAGCACUGAAGCAAAUGCUAAAGAGGUGCUCAAGCUUGGGGAGAAGAUCACAAGGGAUGGAUGAUGAGUCCAAUGGACUACCUGGAGAUGUCCCAAAGGGACACUUUGCAGUGUAUGUUGGAGAGAAACGUAGCCGUUAUAUAGUUCCUAUUUCUCUCUUAUCUCAUCCUCAGUUCCAGUCUCUUCUUCAAAGGGCUGAAGAAGAGUUUGGUUUUGACCAUGAUAUGGGUCUAACUAUCCCUUGUGAGGAGCUCUUCUUCUUCCGUUCUCUCACUUCAAUGCUUCAAUGAAAAGCCAUUUUAAUGGAGUAGAAACUCUCUCUGUGUGUGUGUGGUGCUUUUUAACUCCAUUGUUUUGUAUUGACUACUCUCACUGAGAGCUUUGUGUACACUUAGCGGCGUGCGGUUGCGCCGCCCUGAGUGAUAAGUUUAUAUUUAUAUUAAGCAUCUAAAUGUUAUAUAGAGAAAGUGAAGCUUGAUGUUUGAUGUUAUGGUUUAUCUUGUUAGUUUUUUUUUUCACUAUCUUCUGUUCAUCUUGUUCUUGUUGUUGUGUUUUGCAUGAGUACUUUCAUGGGUUGGUGAUGAAGUUCAAUGUGGUUGGUUUGGAGAAUAUAUGAUGGAGUAGCAACAAGAUGGAGGUUAAGUUUGAAAGCAAUGAAAGUGCAUGUGGAUGCCACUCUUUUCAACACCAGUAAGCAUCAAGUGGUACUUUGGGUACUUACAAGAGUGGUUUGUCCCUUUGUGUUGGGACACAAUAAGAAAGAGAGGGAGAAAGGCUGCCAAGUGCAUGCUCUUUCUUUUCUGCCAUCUUUCAUCUCAGCCACAAAUAUCUUCUGACAGUACAGAGGGAAGUAUUGUCUUAAUUUUUGGUGCUUCUCCAUUGUAUGUAUUAUGUUUUUUUUCUUCAUCCAACCAACUUCACAAGAGAACACUCUUAUAGUCUUUUACAUAUAUAUAUAUAUAUAUGAAUGUAGAAUGUAGUCCUUCAUUUGGCUUUUUGUACAUGAGAAUUUUUUUCUUAUUUAAGUGUUUUAUAAUGUCUUUCUA